GAGGGCGGUGAUGUUGCCCAGGCAGAGGUAGACGCUGGUGCUGCCGCUGACGUUGCUGUUGGAGAAGCUGACAUUGGAGAUGGUAUUGUAACCCAAGAAAAUGUUGAUGAAACUGCUACAAAAAUUGAAGAAUUGCCUAAGAGCACCGAGCACCACGUAAAGUUGCAUUCUGAUCAUACGAGACCUACAUUCGGCGAUGCCGACCAUGUUGAGGUGGAUCGAACUAAUCUGGAGGCUAUCCUUGACGUCGCCCACCGUCUGCAAACGAAGAGGAGCAAAAAGUCGAUGAGCACAUUGGCUUUGGCGUCCGAAUCUUACAAAGAUAAGCAAGCAAAGGCUAAGGAAGCUCGUAACAACCGUAUAGGAAAUUUGAAGAGUCAACACAGGUACUUGCUAGAGAUUUGUGCACUGUUUUUGAACAAGCCUGUUGAAUAUGUAUUGGAAGGUGUAUAUGAUGCCGAUGUCCAUAUAGACAUCCUCGAGAGUGCCGUUGCUGAAGGUGGUAGGUGCAGUGCUAUGCUCUGUAAUGCUCUUAUGCCACCAUUGAAAAUGGAAUCCGGUAGGUACAUUCCAAAUCAGAAGGGCUGGAUGGAACGAACAUAUGUAUCUGAUGGAGACACUAUAGGUACAACCGGUCAGAUGGUAGCCAUGUACAGGAUAAAAAAUAAGCUCGUUGAGUCAAAGAAUAUUGCUGAUGAUUACUUCUUCAUGAUGUUUGAUAUAAAUCCAGAAACUGAAAAUGUGGUAUCUGCGGUGUAUAACUCACUAAUGCGAACUAUCGUACCAGCUUUGCAAGUGUGCUCAGGAUGGGGAGAUGUUAACCCGCCCAAUCCUAAAAGUGAAAAUAUUAUAAAGUAUUACAUUUCCAAAGUCUUGCUCUUUAUGGAUUAUCUUGCAAAAACGAAAAUGGACCUUGAUUGCUGUACAAAGUUUAAAGUAAACAUGGAGCUGUAUGAUGAAUUAUCAGAUCACGAAAAAAUGAAGGUUGCUAUAACAAAGAUGCAAGUUCUAGAAGAGAUCGGCUCGUAUGUGAAACAAUGGUCCAAACAGAUUACUAUGGUCCUAGUACAAAGUAAACAACUCCGUCGCGAGUCCUCUAAUAUUGGACCGUUAGCAGAGUUAGACCAUUGGCGCCGUCAACUCACUACAUUUACGUCAAUUAUUGAGCAUAUCAAGAGUGGUCCGUGUCAGAUGUACUUGCAUGCGCUUAUUAUAGCCAAGUCUAAGCUGUUAAAGAAAUGGAGACAGUUGGACAAUCAAGUGACAGAUUAUUAUAACGAGUCAUCAGACAACGUGAAAUAUUUGUACGCUCUUGAGAAAUACUGUGAACCACUGUACAGAUGUGAUCCGUUGGCAAUGCAACAAUACAUACCAGGUUUACUUUACACGAUACGAAUGAUAUUCGCUACAUCUCGGUACUAUAACACUACUAAGCAGAUAUCUACCCUCAUAGUCAAAGUGACCAAUCAGAUAUUGAACACGUGCAUGGAUUAUCUGACCAUAGGCGGGAAGAAGACUAUAUGGAAUCAGGAUAAAUUGAACUUUAUGAACAAAGCGAAGCUAUGUUUGGCCUUGUAUGCCUUCUAUCGUGAAUGCUAUAAUGAGACUCAAAGGGAAAUGCUAGAAGCCGCAGACGAACGGCCUUUUGAUUGUUCUGAAAUGUAUAUUUUCGGCAAAUUCGAGACUUUCAAGAAAAGACUACUGAAGAUAAUAGAUUUAUUUCAAACUUAUAUCAAAUAUUAUGUCUUAAACAAAACGACUUUAGAAGGUAUUGAAGAAUUUGCUGCAACUUUUAAUAAGCUUUUCAAACAAAUUUCAAGUAAAACAUACGAUGCUCUGGACCAUAGACGUCCAGAUUUCGACAAAGAUUACAAAGCGUACAAGGAUAACGUUGCAAAUAAUGAGUUGUUGCUUGAGAACUUUAUGAUACAAAGUGUAAAUAAAUGUCCCACAACGGAGAUUGCUUUACUCCUGCUUAAGAGAUUCGAGAGGUUGAAUUUGGAGUGUCUUUAUCUCGAAGAUCAGUAUUACGAUUUAAUUGCCAAAUAUACCGAGGAGAUUGAGGAUAUUCGUGAUAGGUAUAACGAAGAACGCGAACAUCCGGAUUUGCCUCACAACAUGCCACCAGUCGCAGGCAGAAUAAUGUGGAUAAGAUUUUGCGAUAAUAACAUCAAGAAACCUAUGCAGACAUUUAUAAAGCAUCACGAAGUUAUCACCCAUAUGAACACUCAAAGGUGCAUUAAACUUUUCAACGUUAUGCAAAUCGUUUUUACCGAAUACGAGCUUAUUUAUCAUGCUGCGUGGGCUGAAAACGUUGGACAGGUACGACUUGGAUUGAUAGCGCCUCUUCUAAUUCGACAUCCUGCCACUAAUAUGUACGUGGUGAACUUCAAUAUUUAUAUACCAGAGUGUAUUAGGGAAGUUGAAUAUAUGUGGCAGUUGGGGUUGUCCGUGCCCGAUGAAGCUCAAAUUGUGGCGUUUUGUAAAGAUAAAAUAUUCGAAAAUUUCGAGAGGAUAUACUAUCUUGUUCACAGAAACAAUCAAAUUAGACAGUGA